GAAAACAAACUCAUCCCCUGCUUCAAAAAAGAUGAUUGUUACUCUCAAAGCCGAAGAAGCGAGCCAGCUGCAGCUCGUCGAGCGGGAAGACAUCAAUGACGAAGAGGACUUGUUCGAAGCGAUCGACAAAUUGAUCUCUUCAGGAAUCAAUGCUGGAGAUGUGAGGAAGCUUCAAGAUGCAGGGAUCUAUACCUGCAAUGGCUUGAUGAUGCACACAAAGAAGCACUUGACUGGAAUUAAAGGCUUAUCAGAGGCCAAAGUUGAUAAAAUCUGUGAAGCUGCUGAAAAGAUAGUGAAUUUCGGUUAUAUCACUGGAAGUGAUGCUUUGCUAAAAAGGAAGUCAGUGAUUCGGAUAACAACUGGUAGCCUGGCCCUUGAUGAACUCUUGGGGGGUGGAAUAGAAACUUCAGCUAUUACAGAGGCUUUUGGAGAAUUCCGGUCGGGGAAAACACAGCUGGCGCAUACUCUCUGUGUCUCUACUCAGGACUUAGAAGGACUUACUUGUCCUCCACGGAUCAGCGAGUCAGUGACUAGGUUCUGUUUCCAACCAAAUGAAUUGGCUUCAAUUUAUGGUCUAUAUGCUAAUUUGGCGUUUCUUUGGCAGCUCCCCACAAACAUGAAGGGUGGGAAUGGAAAGGUUGCUUACAUUGAUACUGAAGGAACUUUCCGACCUGAUCGAAUUAUACCGAUCGCUGAAAGAUUUGGCAUGGACCCAGGAGCCGUCCUUGACAAUAUCAUUUAUGCUCGUGCAUAUACAUAUGAGCAUCAGUACAACCUGCUUCUUGGUUUGGCUGCAAAAAUGGCUGAAGAACCAUUCAGACUUCUGAUUGUUGAUUCUGUCAUUGCUCUCUUUCGAGUUGAUUUCACUGGAAGAGGAGAGCUUGCUGAACGUCAGCAAAAAUUGGCACAGAUGCUCUCCCGGCUGACAAAGAUAGCUGAAGAAUUCAACGUUGCAGUCUACAUGACUAACCAAGUUAUUGCUGACCCUGGUGGAGGAGUGUUCAUAUCAGAUCCGAAGAAACCAGCAGGAGGGCACGUGCUUGCCCAUGCUGCCACAAUAAGGUUGAUGUUCAGGAAAGGCAAAGGGGAACAGCGAGUCUGCAAGGUGUUUGAUGCCCCCAAUCUACCUGAAGCGGAAGCUAUAUCCUACCUAAGUUAUAUUCUCAUUGCAAAUUGCUAAGUUCUAACCUAACAGAAGCAAUAAAUUUUCCUUUCAAAU